AAGCUCGGCACUUGUAAUUGAUCUGUGUCCUCAGCGUGAGCUACGUAGUAUGGGAAACGGUUUUAUUGUACUACUCUGCAUAAUACAGCUGUCUUUUGCCCAAGGGAAAGUGUCGUUUGGGCGUGGACCAUCGUGCAGAACUUCUACCGGAACGCAGGGAUGGUGUGUGGGUUUGAAACACUGUCCCAAGCUGAAGGUGAUCGACGAGAAACCGUACAUAAGUCGUCACGAGAUGCAUCUGCUUAUUGGUGCUUCCGGCGCUUGUCCAGUGAAUUCGGAGCAAUAUUGCUGUGCCGAAGCAGACAUUCGUCGGCGCAGCAGGACCACGGUGAUGGUACCGAUGCCAGAACCGGACGAGGACAAUUCCAUACUCGACUCGGACAGCUGUCUGCAGACGCACCUCGGAAUGGACAGUGGAUCGAUUGGGCGCGCAUCGCUUGAUUCUUCGUUUGGUGUGUUUAUAGCCUACAAGGGUAGGAGAAGUCGAUGCGCGGGAAGCUUGAUUACACCCGAGUAUGUACUAACAGCGGCACAUUGUGUUAAGAAACCGCAAGGGAUGUUGUUGUAUGUCAGUGCGCUGCACGUUAAGCACGACACAGUGUCGGGUGGUUACCAGGGAGAUGUUGAGCCAAUGUACGUGCGGGAGGCAAUUAUUCACGAGCAGUACAACACCACCACACGUGAUCAUGAUAUUGCGUUGCUGCGGCUAAACGGAAGCAUUACGCAGGAAGGUAACUCACCCAGCCCGAUCUGUAUUCCGAUGGGGAAGAAGCAUGAUCCAGUUGCUUCCGUUGGAUACACACUUAGCUGCUUCGGUUGGGGUCUUAAUGCUUACGGAAAGCCCAAUGACAGCAAGCAGUGGAUGACACUGGAACGUAUCUCGCUGGAACUGUGCCAGGCAAGGAUGGACUCGUUGAGAGUGGCCCUGGCCGGGAGGGUGAUCAUUUCGGAACGAAAUAUCUGCACUAUUACCAUCACUGGGAAUGACGCAUUUUCGGGCUUUUCCGGGGGUCCGCUGAUGUAUCGGAAGGAUGGCACCUGGUACUUGAUUGGGUUGAUUAAUUAUGGAGUCGGUGCCACGAGCAGUGAGUUCCCGGUAGUUUCCUUAAACGUUCAACAGUACACGGACUGGAUCUUGGACAACAUUCAACAACGGCACUGAUGCUUCCAGCUGCUGUGAUAGUAUUAUGUUGGCAGUGCGACACACACACACACACACACAUAAACCAUCCCUUAUCGUAUCAAAGCCACAAUAAACAAAUACAAUAAACAAUUAA